AUGUCGAACCUGCUGCACAGCGUGCUCAACUCGCGCCUGGCCAACGCCACGUCGCCCCAGACGCACGACGCCUCGGACAGCGACGGCGGCACCGCCUCGCCGGGUCAGGAGGGCCUCCACGACUGGGAGACGGUCGAGAGCGACGAGGAAAUCGUAAACGUUGUCAGCGUGCCCCACACCGUGCCCGGCACACCCGCAGAGCUCUCGCGCCCCUCUUCGCCCGGCCCCAAUGCGUCCCGGCUCAGGAACGCCAUCCAGGCCGGAAGCAGCCAGGACGAUGAUGACGACGACGAGGAUGGGACCCAGGGCGAGGGGAGGAAGAGGGAAAAGGUCGCCAAGAGGAAACGCCACUCCAAGACGGAUCCGCUGCGCGCCUUUACCAGCGAGAUCUCGCAACACAUCUUCCUGCAGCUGCCCGUGUCGACGCUCGUCUCGUGCUCGCAGGUCAACCGGCACUGGCGGCGCUCGGCGACGCUAAACUACUGCUGGUACCGCACCUACCAGCACGCCUUUUCCGUCGACUCGCUCUCGACGUCGCAGCCGGAGCUGCCGCCGUGGGGCAGCGGCGGCGCAAAGUGGACGCGCAAGGAGAGCCGCACCGACUGGAAGACGGCCUACGCCAAAGCGAGGCGCAUCGAGGCGCGCGAGGCCGAGCGCGCAGAGUCGCUGCCCGGCAGCGGCGCCACGACGCCCAGCCGCACCCAGCGCAUGCAGGAGCGCGGCAUCCUCACCGCCCACGAGUUCCGCAUGGAGCAGUGGAAGGCCGAACAGGAGUCGGGCUCGACGAAAAACGAGAUGCGCGAGUACUACAAGAGCGCCGGCAACAAGGGCGGCAAGGUCAAGGGCAAGCGCGCAAAGGGCGGCGUAAAGACCAACGCCGAGGGCGACGGCGGUCUGUGGCAGUAG